CGCGCCGGCCUCCGGCUGCCGGGGAGUUUCCGCGCCGCUGACGCUCGCCGGGGCGCACGGCGGGGGCGCACGGCGGGGGCGCACGGCGGGGCCGCCGCGUCCUACGCAGCCGCCGCGAGCCGGCCGGCGGGGGCAGCCCAGGGACACCCGGCCGAGGAGCUCCCCGGAGGCCCGCGGGACGCUGACGAGUUGCUAUGGCAUCCUACUACGAGAUCCUAGACGUGCCCCCAAACGCCUCGCCUGAUGACAUCAAGAAGGCGUAUCGCAAGAAGGCUCUGCAGUGGCACCCCGACAAGAACCCCGAUAAUAAAGAGUUUGCCGAGAAGAAGUUCAAGGAGGUGGCCGAGGCCUAUGAAGUGCUGUCGGACAAACAUAAGCGGGAGAUCUACGACCGCUAUGGCCGGGAAGGGCUGACUGGGGCAGGAUCUGGCCCGUCCCGCGCAGGCACAGACACUGGCCAGGGCGGGGCCCCUGCUUUCGUCUUCAGCUUCCGCAGCCCCGAGGAAGUCUUCCGGGAGUUCUUUGGGACUGGAGACCCCUUCUCCGAACUCUUUGAUGACCUGGGCCCCUUCUCGGAGCUGCAGGGCCGCCUGUCCCCUCGCUCCGGCCCUUUCUUCACCUUCUCCUCCUUCCCGGGCCACUCCUCCAAUUUCUCCUCCUCCUCCUUCUCCUUCAGUCCCGGUGCUGGGGCUUUUCGCUCUGUUUCUACAUCCACCACCUUUGUCCAAGGACGCCGCAUCACCACACGCAGAAUCAUGGAGAACGGGCAGGAGCGCGUGGAAGUGGAGGAGGACGGGCAGCUGAAGUCAGUCUCCAUCAAUGGUAUCCCCGACGACCUGGCACUGGCCUUGGAGCUGAGCCGGCGUGAGCUGCAGCCGUCCAUCGGGCCGUCCGUCGGGCCGUCUGUCGGCCCCCGGCCCGGGGGCUCGCAGGCGCAGCAGCCGCAGCAGCAGACGCCGACCCCCGCCUCACUCCGUAAUGACAUUGACCUUUUUGAGGACGAGGACCUGCAGCUGGCCAUGGCCUACAGCCUGUCCGAGAUGGAGGCCUCUGGGCAGAAACCGGCAGCCGACCCCAAGCCUCAGGACUAGGCAGAGAUGUGUUCUGAGCUGGAUGUCCGGGAUCCAGAGUCGCUGCACAGUUCCAACAGGACAGCACCCUCUCCCCUGUGCGCUGGGAAGGGGACCUUCCAUCCCUCUCCCUGAUCCGUGCAGCGCUAGAGCUGAGUGGGGGGUGGGGGCCGGGGGGAGGUGCCCGUAGUCUUAGCCUGUGAACUCUGCCCUGGGUCUUUGGGGCUGUCUCUUGGAGACUACAAGUCCCAGAAUGCAACGCCUCCGGCCUCAUCUCUGAUAGGUCAAGCUUGCGGGUGGAGCGGGCGCCUGGUGGCGGAGCUGUGCAUCUUGGGAUAUGUAGUUCCAGCCCCGCUCGCUCCGGGAGCCGGGGUGGGGACAUCUUGUCAUUUCGAUUUGUCCCUGGCCAGGAGGGUGGGGAGGGGGCGGGGCUGCGAGAACGUGGAUGAAGGGGGAUUUCUAUUUGGGCCGAGCGCGGGUCCCUCUGACACCUCAUGCUGGUUGCCCUCGUGCCAUCUGGGUGGGGCUGAACGGGGCAGCCCUGGGUCUGAAGAACCAGCCGGGACAGGAGGACCGAGCGGGACGGGGUCCCCGGCGGCUGGCGGAGAGCCCCGGGGUGGAGGGCGGGCCACCCUCGGGUGGGGGGAGUGUGUGUGUGAGAGAGAGAGUGCGAGUGCAUGUGCGUGCGUGCCUGCAUGCGUGCGCGCGCGCGCGUGGCCAGGGCUGGCAUGUGACGGGCGCUGCGGGCAUGUUGCUGCUUGUACGGCUGUUAAGCCUCUGACCCCGCCGCCCAGUGCUCGCUGCCGCCGCCGCCGCCGCCGCCGAGCUCCUGGGGCGCCCGGAGGCCAGGGUGGGGAGCAUCGCCGGUCCCCGCGAGGGGGAGUCUCAGAGACUUGCCCAAGCCUGUUGGGCUGCGCUGAGACGCAGGGGGACCCCAGAAGUAAAUAAAGCUGAGUUGUGAGA